AUGGCAAUGGCCAGAAGAACCUCUCCAGACAGGUCUGGACCGACCAACCAGAACCAGCUUCCCGAUUCCGAAUCUGAUUCGGAUACGGAGGGAGACGAGCAAGACCCAGAGGUCGGUCCCACUGGGCCGUGGAGUGUCAGGUCCUUGAUACGCACCCAGGUCAUCCACAGCGGACACUUCAUGGUGUCGUCGCCCCACAGCGAUUCCACCCCACGCCGACGGAAAAGCGGUCCUUGGUAUGACUUUGACACCGUGAACAGGACAUGGUGCCAGACCUACACGUUCGGCCCGCUUAGUGCUGGUAGUCUGAGCAUUGACCCCACGCUCAACCGCUUGUUUGAGUGUAUGUCACUGGCAUACAGCGGUAAGAUUGCGUCGCCAAAGUGGAAGAAUUUUAAAGGUUUGCGCUUGCUGUGGAGGGACAAGAUCCGUCUGAACAAUGCCAUCUGGAGGGCCUGGUACAUUCAAUACCUGGAGAAGAGAAGGACCGCGGUGUGUGGUUUCGUGACCCCCCUGGAGGGCUCUGAGGCAGAGGCACAUCGCAAGCCUGAAGCCAUCGUUUUAGAGGGCAGCUACUGGAAACGCAGGAUUGAGGUAGUCAUCAAAGAAUACCACAAGUGGAGGAUUUAUUACAAAAAGAGGCGUCUUUAUUCUAUCUUGCAACAGCUUCAGAAGAAUAAGGAUGACUUCUUCUCCAUGCUCCAGCAGGAUCAACUCUACCGGUCCGAGCUGGAGAAAUGGUCCAAUCAGAUUUACCAGGAGCCCGAAGCGGCACCAGAGGAGGCCCACAUGUUUGACCUGGACUGCUUCCUGUCCAACACCUCAGACACCCUGUUCACUAUGACCCAGAAGCCAUGUCCGUGGUCGAGCGACAGACACAACACAUACACCAGCAACGCUGACAUGAUCCAGCCCGCUCUGACUCCACUUCAGCCCAACUUGGACGAUUUUAUGGACAUCCCAGAUAUAUUCAUGAACUACCGGCUUGAUUCCAUCGACCAGUCGGGUUUUACUGACUUUGGGUAUUUCGACGGCCCCUCCGGUGGAGCGUUUACCCCGGUAUCAACACAGCAGCUUCUGACAGACACCUCCCAACACAAACUGGCUGAGCCUGGGGAGCCAUCGGGCAGCCACCUCUCCCAGGUGGCCUCCUCCAUCCCUAGGCCAGAGCAGGCCAGGUCGGGCGGGGACUGUGACGCCUACCAGUACGCCGGCAUCAUCCCCUCCUCCUCCCCCUACGGCCAGCAGCAGCAGCAGCAGCUGCAGCUGUACCCCAACCCUCCGGUGCCCGUCUCCGUCGCCAACCCCUUCCUGUACCCGCCCCUGCCUCCGCUUCCCUGCCACAAGUACGCCUACGUGGACGCCCCGGGCGGCGCGGCCACCUCCACCGUCAUCACCCACACGGCGUCCUCCCUGUCGUCUCCGGGCGCCGACCUGCAGCCUCACAGCGGGUACCUCUACCUCCAGGCCGCCUGCCACUCGGCCGGGACCUACCCCCCCAGCGUGGCGAUGUCGUCCCCGGACCCGGCGCAGCACGGAGCGGAGGUGCUGCCCGCCCCCGCCGGCACGUCCCACUGCUUCCCCGUGGGACCCGUGCCGGGGGCGGGGCCUGGGGAGGGGCCGGGGCUGGGGGCGGGGCCGGGGGCGGGGCUUGGGGUGGGGACGUCCAGGGGGAAACACAAGCAGAAGACGGCGGAGGCGAGUGGGGAUCGACCGGCCGUCCUUCCGGGACCCCCGGCCCCGGCCCCUGACCCUGCACCGUCCACUUCGGCCACGAGCUGCCUGGCCAAACUGCUGUGCUCCACCUCCCACCACGGCUCCAGAGCGCGGAAGCCGAAUAUGGGACUUGACACUACCUGGUCCACAGUCAAAGGUCAGAAGUCAAAUUCGUUGCUAUCAGCUAGUAGCGUGCAUGGAGCAGAGGCAACGUCCCCGCUGCGCCUUGUGUCUGCGUGGCCUGCAGGGGGCCGUCUGUCGGGGCCAGAGCCCAGCCAGAGCCCUCCCGUCCUGGGUUUGGUCGGACCCCAGGCCAGCACGUCCAGGGGCCCGUUGGGGGGGUCCUCCCGGCCCACCCUCAGCACGGCCACCACCAGCUCCAACCUCCUGGUGCCCAAGACGGAGAAGCUGUCUCCGGGGCGGGUGUACAGCCCGGACGUGAUCAACCUCACCGGAUGUUUCUCUGGACACGCAGGUCAAAAAUCACCAUUGGGGGCCCUGGAUCACAUUUCCAGGCCAGAAUCAUUACACUCAUUCUCCACACAUGGAAAGAGCGAAACAAAACAAACAGAGACCAGGAGAAUAACCCACAUCUCAGCGGAGCAGAAGAGACGCUUCAACAUCAAAAUGGGAUUUGACACUUUACAUAAUCUGGUCACAACCCUAAACUCCCAACCCAGCAUUAAGAUCAGCAAGGCCACCACCCUGCACAAGACCGCAGAGUACAUCGGCAAGAUGCAGCAGGAGCGAUCCACGCUGCAGGAAGAGACCCAGAGACUCAGGGAGGAGAUCCAGCUCCUCAACUCUGCCAUCAACGUGUGUCAGCAGCAGCUGCCCGCCACAGGAGCGCCCAUCACCAGGCAGCGCUUCGACCACAUGAGGCAGAGGUUCAGAGAAUACGUCCAGACACAGACACUGCAGAACUGGAAGUUCUGGAUCUUCAGUAUCAUCGUGGAGCCCUUGUUUGAGUCCUACAACGCAGUGGUGUCCACUGCAACCAUGGAGGAGCUGUGUCGCACCACCCUGUCCUGGCUGGACCAGCAUUGCUCCCUGCCCUCCCUGAGACCAAUGGUCUUGAGCUCUCUGCGUCUCCUCAGCACGUCCACGUCCAUCCUGAGUGACCCGGGACGCCUACCGGAGCAGGCCACCCUAGCGGUCACCCAGGGCCAGGGAGUCUCUUGCACCCCCACCCUGGGUGAUGAUCGCCCCCUCCAGCCCCUCCGACGGGAGAACACACACCAUAUGUGAGAGAGAGAGAGAGAGAGAGAGAGAGAGAGAGAGGGGGGGGUGGGAGAGAGGCUUGUUUCCAUCACCAAUUGCAGCUACAACUGUGUUUUCAUAAAAAGACUUUUGACCGAUUAUGUUUAUAUCUGGACUAUAUGCUGUUAUCUUUGUUGGAUUUAAUGCCUUUUGAUGUAUAAUUGUAAUUUGUAAAAUUUAU